AUUUGAAAAGUGUCUCAUCAAAUCGAAAUAAGUAAAAUUCGCAAAAGACAUUAUGCAAGGCUAUCAUUCAUAUAACAUUGAAAGUCGUCAUUUACAUCAUAAUGAUGUCGCAGAUCAAAAACCUUUAGUUGUGGAUUUAAUGUCAGCACAAUAUGGGAAACCUCAAACGCCGCCACCUUCUCCUAACGAAUGUAUAUCCAGCCCGGAUAAUACCACGAAUGGUGGUAAUCGCCAGAAUUCGGAAAUACCGGCAGAUCCUUCAGUUCGUCGUUAUCGAACUGCUUUCACACGCGAUCAAUUGGGUCGCUUAGAAAAGGAAUUUUGCAAAGAAAGUUAUGUCUCGCGACCGAGACGUUGCGAAUUGGCCGCUCAAUUGAAUUUACCCGAAUCCACUAUUAAAGUUUGGUUUCAAAAUCGCCGAAUGAAACACAAACGUCAACAGAUUGCAGUUGCUUGGCCUUAUGCUGCCGUCUACUCGGAUCCGGCAUUCGCUGCUUCCAUUUUACAGGCCGCCGCCAAUAGUGUAGGCAUGCCAUACGCCCCAUAUCCGACAGCGUCCGCUAAUCCAAUGCUGGCAUCGGCUAUACCAUCAAUGCCUGUGCCGGGUCAUUCACAUAUCUAUGGACAAUACCGCUACAAUCCCUAUCAUAUACCGCCACGUCCUGCGCCAAAUGCUCAUCAUCAUUUCGCACAUGGUAUGUCGCAUCAUAUGACGGCUGCUGCUCCUAUGGCUGCAGCAGCAGCUGCUGUUGCCUAUCCAGCUAUGUUGGGGGCUGUACCCGCGUAUGUUACCAAAAAUCAGACGCCUCCUUUAGAUUUGCAAUCGUCCUCAUCUCCGCAUUCGUCCACACUAUCGUUAAGCCCCGUCGGCUCGGAUCACACCAAAGUUUUCGAUCGCAAUCUCUCGCCCAUACAUUCAAGUAAUGCAAACACAUCGCUAACGGUACUAAACCAUAGUAGUAGUAAUCAUCAAGACAAUAAUACAUCUUCAUCGUCGACAUCCAGUAAUUCAACGAUAAAUAAUUUACGCAAUAGCUCUUCGAUCAAUUGCCAUUUAAACAGUUCCAGUUCGCCAAUUAACAGCGCUGAUCUGUUGAUACCUGUCAAGCAAGGUUCCUCCGCAUCGUCAAUGUCGCCUUCACAAACUGCCAUAAAUCAGGAAUUAAAGCCUAAGCUAUUUAAACCCUACAAGACUGAGUUGUAA